AAUUUCUACACCUGAUUAAUCCGUUAACUAUAUGUUCAUCUUGCAUUCAGAGUAAUUUGUCGCUUUAUGCUGCUAUAAAAUGUGCCCCUCCUCCUUCCAUCUAGAUUAAAAGUCUGAUAUAAACAGAGUGAUAACAGUCUCGUAGUAGAAUUCCUGUGCGGGUAUACGAAACAUAACAUCGUACGCAAGCAGUCGGUUACACUUUUACUUGCCGCUCUCUUUGACAACGCUGUUAUACCAAGAUAAUUGGCUUGUAAACAAGAAGAAAACCCAUUGUCGACGUCAUGUAUUUUCUGCCAUUAUUGUUUUCGAAUCUCUAUUUCGGAUUGAAUAGACCCUUCAAUUUGGUGGACCUUUCCGCUCUCGACACAACAAAUUUUAAAUCGCAAGAAUUUACCUCUCGCAACCUUGAUCGUAUAUCUCCGAUUCCUUUCAACUAUGGAGUAAUGGAUGAUAUGUUUCCAAUUCCUUUUAACUAUGGAAUAAUGGAUCGUAUGCCUCCAAUUCCUUUGAACUACGGAGUAAUGGAUUUCUACUACCAAUCCUGGACUGUUAAUCCUGGACAGGUUGGUGAGGAACAAACUGGCAUGGAAUAUGCUGAUGCGGAACAGACUGGCAUGAAACAUGUUGAUGCGAAACAGGCUAGCAUUGGACAAGCAAGUACGGAAAUGAUUGCCGCGGAACAAGUUGGCACUGGACAGGCUAACGAACAGGCUAACACGGGACAGACUGGCGCAGGAAUGGCUGAAGUAGGACAAACUGAUACACUAAAGGCUAGCAAAGAAAUGACUGGCGCAGAAAUAAUUGACGGAGAACAGGCUAGCACAAGACAGGUUGACGUAGAACAAGCUAAUGCAGAACAUACUGAUGCCGUUACUCAAAACCGUUGAAAAGGAGGAAAACUAAUUCGGGAACAACUAAUCGCAAAGCAGGCACAAGAAUCAAGAUUGAAACUCAAAAAACGACAGGGUAAAGUCGCCUAUUAUGAGAUACCUUUUUUCAAAGGCUUAUAAUUUAUUUAAUUUAUACCAUUAACUUCUAUUGUUAUAUUCAAAUUAUAGUAAAUAUACUUAAGUUUUAUCGCCAAAAGUUAGCAACCGAUAAUAGUUAUAUUUUGUUGUACAUGAAACUUUUUAUUAAAAUUGCUGAUUUUGAUAAUUCAAAAAAGGGGUUCCUAAUAUAAGACACAAAAAUUUUUCUAUAUGAAAUGGGUCUUAUUGACUUGAACCUUAUUAGGUUCCAGACUUAAAAUCCAAUUGACCAAUCAAACGGCUCUUUCGAGACUUUGUACAUAACACUUUUCUCCAAAAUCUACUCUCUUCGAGAUAUUUUAAAGUCUCAGUACUAAUAUUGAAAGCCAUAACUUUCAAGUCUCAAAGUUCAAAAGUCCUAAAUAGAAAACUUUAUUAUAGCAUUUUGGAAAGCUCUUAAAGUCAAACUAUGCAAUAAUAAAUGAGGAUUUUUGAGUGUCUCAUAUUAUGAGUUCCACGCUUUGCGGUUUCACGAUACCCAAAUCUAAUUUUGUAUAAUUAAAUCGUCACAUCUCGUAUUUUUCUAUUAAUACGACUUUUACUAUAUCGCUGUAUGUAGAAUUUAUUAUUAAAUAUUUGUUUAUUUUAUAAUGAACAAAAGAUUUAAAGACUUAUCUCAAUAAAUCUUGACAACAACAAA